CACAUUACUCCCUGGAAUCUCGACUCUGAUACCUAGCACCGUAGUUAGUGCCUCUUUUAAACGUUCUUAACGUCGUAUCCAGGCCUGUCUCGGCCGUUUUUCGCCAAAUCUCACCCGGGCCUCAUGCUUGCACAGCAGAGCCCGUCAGUCCGGAAAGGCACUAAGAGUUGCAGAGAGUGCAGGAGACGAAAAGUCCGCUGUGUCCGAAUCCCCGAGGAUUCGCCGACCUGCCGACAAUGUGUCGAGCGGAAUACCUCGUGCCUCGCUCAAAUAUCGAGUUCCCGCACACGACAGGCGCGGCACCUACCCUCACGAUACCGGAUCACACAGCUCGAAUCCCACGUUGAGCGACUAACCAAGACCAUUAACGAUAUUCAAGUCAAACUCGGGGGCGAUCCUUCUCUUCAAUUAGAGCAGGAAAUCGAUCGAUCGCCUGUUAGCGACGGUUCCGAUGCCGAAUCCACCGACUCCGAGGGCCUCAUCGCGGAGGAAUCCUCUCACCUGCGCUCGCUUUUCCACAACGACAUCCUCAGCUUCGACAGAAAUCAGCAACAUGAACGAGCUCUGGAGCGACGGAAGAAAGCCUCUGCUACAUUAUGCGAGCGUGUGCGACCGGCGCUACAACGAUUGAUUCCAGCUAAGGACGAAACCGCAGAAAUGUUGGUAAUCACUUACGACUGGAUGCACAUGUUAGCUUCGCUACUACCGCAGCCGGCCUCGCCCAACUCGCAUCACGCAUUGCUUGGAAGAUACGAUGAGAUGUGCCAGCCAGAUGUCGACGUUGUUGACCUUGCUUCUUGGCUUUUGACAGUGGCUAUUACGGCUCAGCAAAUCCCCCAACAAAGUAACGACACAGGGCCAUCGCCCCUUAGCUCUCGAAAACGGUUGAACUUCUCGCGAGCCGUAUCGGAGGCCGUUGAAAGUCUGGUUCUCAGCCACGACUGGCUAGUCGGUACCAUUGCUGGCCUCGGACUGGGCUUACAUUUUGUCCGUCUACUAAUGGGCCGCGGAGACCUUCAUGGGGCCUGGUUGAAGCUGCGGCAUUUCAUCGCACUUGGUGAGCUGAUGGGCUUACCAAAGGCGGCGCAAUCAGCUCGGCAAAAGAAGUUCAAUGGGGUUGUAAACGAGGACACUGCAAGAAAGGCACAGGUAUGGGAGCUCAUGUGCACUAUCGACCGCAUGGUAGGCAUGUUUGUCAAUCUCCCUCCUUACACAAGACGCUUUUCGAACACGGCACCCUUUCCUAUCAUGGUAGAUGGCGUCGUUCAACCUUCUAUAUAUAUCAGUCGGCUUAUGGAUAUCACCCCUGAAGUUUUUGGUCACGACGAUAUCAGCGGGGGGCAAGAUUCGAAGUCAAAGUCAUACACAGCUGCAUUGGAAGUUGCCCGUCAAGCAAGGGCGUUGGCUGGCGAAGCACCCAAGUCUUGGUGGGCCAUUGACAUGGACGACGAUCUCAAACCAGAUCACAUAGUUCAAUUUGUCCACUAUUGUAUACUCAUGAAAGCGCAUCUUCCGACCGUUCUCCGACAGGAAAGAAGCCAGGAGUACGGAUACAGCCGCUUCGCCUGCAUUGACGCCUGUAAAGCUGUCGCUCACAGGUAUCAGUUCAUUCGCCGGAAACUACCUUCUGGGUUCUUCAGUCUCAACGUGCUCGAUCUCCAGGCAUUUACAGCCGUGGUGCUGCUACUACUCAUGUCCCACAGCUCUCCGUUGCCGGAUUUCCAAAUCUUUCAGAUUGACAAAUCUGGCAUAGAGGGUGUAGUGGCCGAAGUUCUCCAGCUCAUGGAAGAGAAGUCGGCUGAGGGUCCGGGGUCGGAUUUUGCGCAUCGUGGCGCUCACACAAUUCGAUGUCUCUGUGAUCUUUUCAAGCAGGACGAGAAUGGAGGCAAUUCCGUAAAUGAAAUGACAGCCAACGUGCCACUCAUAGGCAGAAUUCGAGUUCGUCGCAAUACGCAAACGUCACAGAAUCUCAACACGCAAAGGCAGGCAUCAUCGAACCAAGUACUGCAGGUUGCGGGCUGGAACCCCAAGGAGCAGUUUGUGCCUACCGCCUACAAUCCUCAGCUGGAUGCAGCAGCUUGCCUUCAGAACUCUGCCAUGACUGUUCCCAUAGUACCAGAGUUUCAGUGGGAUCAAUUGUUAUGGUCAGUCGAGGAUCCAAGCGAGAGCCUCUUUGACGACGCGAUUUGGAGUGACGGAUUUGGCCAACCUGCGAUGUGGCAGAAUAUGUAUUAGAACUUCUGAUUUGAUCAGGCGUAGGCACUGGCUAUACUUGCAAGGAGCAACUUGCCCGUAAUACAGACCUAGCGC